AUGGCACAGUUUCUGCAUGAUAACCGCAUUGCCUGUGUGACGCCUGCCAAACUGGAUGCAGCAGGGCCAGAAGAGGCCGAAGAAGGCAGGAGCCUUUCUAAUGACAGCCAUCCCCCACUUCUUCUCAACAAAGAGCCAGUUACAUCUGACUCAACCUCCAGCCAGUUCCAGAACUGGUGUGAUGCCUCUACCCUCACUGACUUUUGCAAUAGCAGCAAUUUGCCAGAAGUGGAAAUCAUCAGCCUUCUGGGGGAACAACUGCCUUUGUAUAAACUCCGGGCAGACACAAUAUUUGGAUAUGACCACAAAGAUUGGAUUCAGACACCCCAGGUCUCCUCUGAUGCUGCUACUGCCCUCACAUUCAAGCAGAUUGAAGAGACACUGGAAUAUUUCUUAAUGUGUUCUGAGAGAGUUGAGAAGAUCACCAAGACAUAUCAUGAUAUAGAUGCGGUCACUAACUUGCUGGAAGAGAAGCAACAUGAUUUGGAGUUAGCAGCUCGCAUUGGGAAAACAUUGCUCAAACAAAAUCGGAGUUUGUCUGAACGCAAUGAGUUCUUGGAAGAGCAGUUAGAAUUAGCAAAAGAAGAGAUAGCUCAGUUGAAACAUGAAAUAUCGAUGCGGGAUGAUCUUCUCCACAUGUUUACCAACAGCACUGAAGAGAGUGAGCCAACUUCCAUCAUUUCUACCCCGUUACGAAGGAAUGAUUCUUCCCUCUCUUUGCAGCAGUGUUUGCAAUAUGAUCUUCUUCAGCAGAAACUUAAAGCAUUGGAAGAAGACAACCAGAAACUGCGUGCUGAAGUUACAAACAUUGCCACAGAAACAAAUCAAUAUGAGGAACAGGAACAGAAGCUCAUGCUUGAUUGUGUGGAACAAUUUUCUGAUAGCAGCCAGCAAGUUCUCCUGAUUUCCGAGGAGCUGGCUCUCAAGACAGAGGAUUCAAUCCGGCAACAGGAGGAGAUUACCCAACUUCUAGCUCAAAUUGUAGAGCAACAACAGAAGUGCCGUGCAGAUUCCCUGGCUGCAGAGAUCAAGAGCACAAUGAGAAAAGGGAUGGACAGCUCUGGGUCAUCUGAGUUCAAAAGCUUCCGGCGUGUAUUUGAGACAGUGAAGGCUGUGAAUCGAGCAAUAAAAGCUAAAUCAGGAAGGGCGACCCCUUUGAGUCUUCCUCCGUGUUCUCCUAAAGUAGCUUCAGUGGCCUGCAGUCACUUUAGCACUCCACGUAACAACCGCUAUGGUUCAGAUAGCCCCAUUAUGCUGGAAGAAAAAGAACAUCUUGCUUCUGAAGAUCUCAAUGAUACCCACAGCAGCGUGGAUGCUACACCAGGUAUACCUGGCCAUCAUGUCUUGGAAGCUGCUAUCCAGAGUUUGUCUGCUCGCCAGAAGAACCACAGCACUGAGCAUUCAUUUUUUGAGAUGGAACGUGAAUGCAAAUUGAAGCGCCUGGCUUGGGAGGCGGAGAAUUUCAGUGGGUGCCUGACCCCCAACGAAAGCAUCGCAUCCAUAGGCACCAACUAUUCAGGCAGUUCUGGCACGUCCUUGAGCUCCUACUCUUUCUUCCCUGAAAAGCUUCAAAUUGUCAAGCCUAUGGAAGGUUCAAUGACUCUGCAUCACUGGCAGCAGCUGGCCCGUCCUCACCUGGCAGGAAUCCUGGACCCUCGACCAGGUGUCUUUACCAAAGAUUUCUGCCAACUUGACACUGAUCUCGGAGAGGUCCACAAUCUAAAUGAUUUAGAAGAAGAUGACAUGGAUGUCAGCGCCUUGUCUUCCCUUGCUACCUCAACAAUUAAAGCCAAAGAAACGCCAACUGUUUUUCACUCCGUUAACAAUCUGCCCCAGACCCCGCCUACUUUCACCAUCACCACCUGUUGCAUCAUGCACCCUAGCAAAGAAGUUACCAUGGUGACACCAAGUCUUUAUAAUACAGUUGUGCCGUCUUGUGGGCCCUGCACGGGGCUGAGCCCGUCUUCCCCUCCUCAGUCCCACCUUAAGGAACUAUGCAGGCAGGAGAAGAAAAAAGAGAAGCUUGGACUGGUGACUUUACUGGCAAAACAAGGCAUUUCUGCACAGAGCAAAGGAAUGGUGCUUGCAUCCCAUGCUAUUAGGGACCCAACAGUCUCUUCUUGCUUUUCUCCUUCCUUGGUUUCUGAUUGGACUUCAGGACUGCUGCACCACAAGAAGCCUGAACAGAGCCCGAAUAGCAUCUUCAGCUUGAAUCUGGUAGAGAAACUGCAGCAACUAGGGCUCAAUGAGGUGUUGGCUAGAGGGGAAUCAUCAUACCUAACCUUACAUCAGCAGGAACUUCACCAGGGAAAGAAAUGUAGUUCUGGAUUUGGAAACCAGCGAGAUCCAGUGGGGCCUCAAUAAAAAUGAAGAGGGUGGUUUGGGUGUCCUACUGCCUGGUUUAGGAAAGUUGGACAAGACUCGGUUGUACAGCUAGAACACUGGGUGUACUGGGUUGAGAAGCACUUAAGUUCUGCUUAGAGCAUUGUUUUCUUCACUAUUUGUGAAUCACUGUUGUUCUUCAAUUUUUUUUCCCUCCUCCUUCCUACUGCCAACGGAACACACCGACUCUCACACCGAUAUCUAGUCGUAUCCCCGAUCCCAAACUCAUUUCUUCUGCCUUCUGUUGUCAAUCUUAUUCUAUUAGAAUUGUACAAGUCACAGAGCCUUCUGGGUUAGGAGGCACAGGACAAAAGGAGGGGGGAAACCCUUGAACUUCCCAGUUAGAAAUGGUCACGGACAGACUGAGCCUUGGAAGCAGCGGCUGGAGUAGAUUAUUUUCUGGGAUGAGAAGCACAGAUUAGCAGCUGCUUUUCUAUAUCAUUUUAGUUCCUUGUUUCCACCUGUCUCUGCCCUCUUUAUAUAUUUCAAAAUUCUGCAGGGAUGGCAGACUAAGUAGAAAUUUUGGUGGGGAGUUUUCGUUUAUUGGGAGGAGUUGAUUGAGAACAGUCCUUCAUUCUGUUUUACUACCAGUGCUGGUAUCCUUGACUUUUGUUAACUGUGACAUGGUGUCUGGGUCUUCAUCUUGAGGAAGCCUGCAGAGAUUUUAGAGACACUUAGAGACAUAAUCACAGUUUGUUAUACAAAAAAACAUUGAAGAAAGUUUAUCAAGCUUUGGUUGUGGUUGUAUUAUAUUUCCGAACCAAGUGGCAGUUGCUUUAUGUUUUGUGCAUGAAAAUUUUGCUUGGGAAUGUAGAAUUUCCUGCUUUUUAAUUUUUUUCCAGCACUUUAUUUCUCCUUCCAAACUACUAUACAAGCUGGAUCCGUGUUUACGUUUCACCCAAGGUAAAACAGAAAUAGUUCAUGUUCCUUCCAAUUCCUCCUGAAUGACUGACUAUUCUUGUUCUUUUCAGAGUUAAGCCAAGUUUGCCAUGGCUUCCAUAUGUGUUGUGUUUUUCUUUCUUCUCUUGAAAAGAAUGCCUGCAUUUUUCUAUUUAUGAAUGUUAGGUUAAAAAGCCAAUCUCAUCCCUCUUGGACCUGUCUAGUUCUGUACUGCUCGCAUGCUUGUAUGUGUGUGCUUCACAAAAUACCAUUUGCACUCCUGCUCCGAAGGCCAGUUUGCACUCUUCCACAUGUAGUUCUCCUCCUGUGACUUGGAAAAAUUAAAUGUUGAUGCUGUUUCCCCGA